AUGGCCGCCGCGAUCAAAGCCCUCAAUGCGAAGAUUCGCUCAAACAAGUAUACGGAUUACUUUUGCUCGACUCAUUUCUGGGGCCCGGCGAGUAACUUUGGUAUCCCAAUCGCGGCUAUUGCGGACAUGAGCAAAGAUCCUGAGAUCAUCUCCGGCCGCAUGACCGGCGCUCUCACCCUCUACUCCGGCACAUUCAUGCGCUACGCCAUGGCAGUCACACCAGCCAACUACCUGCUCUUCGGAUGCCACGCCAUCAACUUCUCCUCGCAACUCGUCCAAGGGUACCGCUACCUCAACUACUGGAAUUUCGGCGGCCGGGAAGCCAGCUUGGCAGGAAAAGCGGAACAAGCAAAGGACGGGGCGAUGGGUAUGAUGGGAAAGGCGGAGCAGAAGCUUGAGAAGGUUGCGGAGGAUGUCAAGGGCGUUAUUCCGAAAUAA